CUCUCUCCCUCUUUUUCUCAUUUUCUCUCUGGUUCUCUGUCAAGCUAGCCAUGACAACUUAUGCUAGUGAUCAAUCUGAUCAUCAUCAUCACAAGGUGAACUUUGCCGCCAAUAGAAACUUUUCCACCGCGUUCAAAACCGACCUUAAGGAGACCUUCUUCCCGGAUGAUCCAUUCGGGCCAUUCAAGAAUGAGCCAUUGGCUCGUCGCGCCCAGAAAGCAAUACAAUAUUUUGUUCCAAUUUUUGGGUGGCUGCCCAAAUACAGUCUCUCUCUCUUCAAAUAUGAUCUUCUUGCCGGGAUCACAAUUGCUAGCCUUGCCAUACCACAAGGAAUCAGUUAUGCCAAACUUGCUAACAUUCCUCCCAUCAUUGGCCUAUAUUCGAGCUUUGUUCCUCCUAUUGUUUAUGCCGUUUUCGGAAGUUCAAAACAUCUCGCGGUUGGAACAGUUGCGGCCUGUUCUUUGCUUUUAGCUGCAACCAUUGAAGAAAAAGUGAAAGCAAAAGAAAACCCAACUUUGUACCUUCACUUAAUUUUCACUGCUACUUUCUUUACGGGUAUCGUCCAGACAGCUUUCGGUUUAUUAAGACUUGGAAUUUUGGUGGAUUUCUUAUCGCACUCGACGAUCACCGGUUUCAUGGGAGGGACUGCAGUAAUUAUUAGCCUACAACAAUUGAAGGGCGUGUUUGGAUUGAAGCACUUCACGACUCAUACAGAUGUGGUUUCUGUUUUAAAAGCACUUUUCAGCAAUACAAAGGAGUGGAGAUGGGAGAGCGCAGUUGUGGGUAUCAUAUUUCUUACAUUUCUCCAAUUCACCAAGUUCGUGAAGCAAAAGAAACCGAAGCUAUUUUGGGUAUCAGCUAUAUCUCCAAUGUUGGUCGUCAUUGUUGGCUGUCUUUUUGCUUAUUUUGCUCACGCGGAGAAACACGGCAUCCAAAUUGUGGGUGACUUGAAGAAAGGACUAAAUCCUCCAUCCCUAAAAGAUUUGAACUUUGAAGCCAAGUAUCUACCGGUAACUAUAAAAGCUGGGAUCAUCACUGGCAUGAUAGCUCUAGCUGAAGGAAUAGCUAUUGGAAGGAGUUUUGCUAUAAUGAGAAAUGAACAAAUAGAUGGGAAUAAGGAGAUGAUAGCUUUUGGUCUGAUGAACAUAGUUGGAUCUUUCACAUCAUGCUACUUGACUACUGGUCCAUUUUCAAAAACUGCGGUAAAUUUCAAUGCGGGAUGUAAGACUGCAAUGGCAAAUGUAGUGAUGUCAUUAUGUAUGAUGCUGACCCUCCUGCUCUUGGCUCCUCUGUUUAGCUACACCCCACAAGUGGCUCUUUCUGCGAUCAUCAUGUCAGCCAUGUUAGGGCUAAUAGAUUAUGAGAAGGUUUAUCACCUUUUCAAGACUGAUAAAUUCGAUUUCUGCAUUUGCAUGGCUGCUUUCUUAGGUGUUGCUUUCAUAAGCAUGGAUAUCGGCCUCAUGAUUUCGGUAGGGCUUUGCCUACUCAGAGCACUUCUAUAUGUGGCUAGGCCUGCCACUUGCAAGCUUGGAAAUUUACCAAAUUCGGGUUUGUUCCGCGACGUAGAGCAGUAUCCUGGUGCAAAGGAGUUUCCAGGGAUCCUAAUUCUGAAACUAGGUUCCCCUAUCUACUUUGCAAAUUCCAACUACAUCAAAGAAAGGAUUUUGAGAUGGGUGAGAGAUGAACAAAGCAUUACAGAAUCAAAAGGCAAUGACGUUGAGCAUGUCUUAUUAGAUUUGGGAGGAGUUACAUCCAUCGAUCAUACAGGCGUGGAAGCCCUAGGCGAAGUCCGAAGAAGCUUGGAAGCGAAAGACAUCAAGAUGGGAUUAGUAAAUCCUAGGAUUGAGGUGGUGGAGAAGUUGUCGGUGACGAAAUUCAUAGAUAAAAUAGGGAAGGAAUGCGUGUAUUUGUCAGUGGAAGAUGCAAUUGAGGCAUGCAGAUUUUCACUCAGAAGUUCAAAGCAAGAGAGUGGGCACUGGGAGGCCAAUGAUGCAUAAGAUAGAGGAGAGACAGAGGAUGGUCAUUUGGUGAUUAGUGUAAAAUCAGAUUUUGGAAAAUUGUAUAAUAUGGUUGUCAUCCUUAGAUUAGGUUUGUAAGGAUGGUCACGUCUUCAAUUUGGAAACCAAUUUCAUGUACUGUUUGCUAGCUUCAAUCAAAAUUAAUGCUAUCAUGUGAUUAUCCCGAACCAUAUAAUAAUUUCUCAUACUUUACUCCUUUCUUUCUUUUCCUGUUUCAUUUCCAUUCCAUAAAGUGUACCAUUUGCCAAUUGCAAUCCU